AUAAAGUGUACAGCUUUCCUCGCAAGGACCAGGACAAAGGAACCCUACUGUGAGCAAUUUAUCUGCAUCUAUUUGGGUAUUGGACUGCUAAUCCUGAAACAACUGUUGAUGAGUUACAAAUGACGUCGAGUGGGAAGGGCGUUGAAAGUAGACUAUAAAAAUGUUCAUCUCAAAGCAAUUCGUUACAGGCAUUGGCUUGCAGAAUCGGACUAUUACAUUUUCACCGAGAAACGCCACGCUUAAGCAAGUCCACAAGGAAGGUUUGCUUUAGACACGACUGUACUAAAAAAUUGAGUCCUGUAUAACAAUCCUGCUCAAAAAGUAUAACCAUGAAAAUGUCCGCAGCUGAGGUUUCCAAGGUUCUAAAAGAAGGACAACUGGAAAAAAGAAGCGACAACCUCUUUCAGCUCUGGAGAAGGAAGAUGUGCGUCCUCACUACGGACAGCCUCAGUAUCUACGAUGACAAUCAAAAAAGGUCCAAGAGCAAAGAGCUAAAACUGCAGUCAAUCAAAAAACUGGACUGCGUAGAAAGGACAGGAAAUUUUGUCUACUUCACCAUCGUCACCACGGAUAAUAAAGAAAUAGAUUUUAGGUGCUCAGGUGACGAUAGCUGCUGGAAUGCUGUCAUCACAAUGGCCUUGAUUGACUUCCAGAACAGAAGAGCCAUUCGGGACUUCAAAACGCAACAGGGGACACAGAUCAUUUCGCCUGGGAAGCCGGAUGAGCAGCCGGCAAAGGCUCCUUAGGAGAAAUCCAGUCCAGAGCUGGGAAAUUGCAGGAAACGUACGUUUCCAUUAGAAUAUUGAAAUUGGUAACUGCCAUCUGGACCAAGGGAACACCACAUCUGAGGCAUUGCAGAAGUCCACGUAGAACAGCAGGAACCUGGCGCUUCUGAUGAUAAGCUAAUGAUCACAUGAAAGACUGAAUGCGCUUUCUAUUGAAAACGUUUACUGCCGGUUAUAGCCCUGAUAUUUAUUUACUGUAACAAAGUUGCUUAACUUAUUGUAUUUCACUGAGUAUUUAUUUAAAUAAACGCUAUCGUACAGAUCGCAAUAUCCAGAAAA